AUGGAGGUUCCGCCAGGAGCCUCUGUACCACCACCGUCGCCUCCUCCUGAAGAUGACGUAGCUUCCCAACACAUGCAUAAAAAAUCGAAGACGACGAAGAGGUCGUUUGCUGACACAGUUUCGGCGCCAUCCCAGAGUUUUGAUGACGUACCAGUGAUUCCAGACACUCUUGACUGGGCGUUCGAAGAUCCGGUGAUCGAAUUAGAUACUGAGAUGGACGAUCAAGAAACUCCAGAUGGUUGCCCCCGUGUCAAACUUUCGAAAGAACUGAGAACGGAGCUUUGCCGUCCAUGGAAGAUGGCCCUGAUCGUGAAGUAUUUAGGUAAAAGUAUCAACUUUAAUGUGCUGAAACAGCGUCUUCCGGGGAUCUGGAACCUUCAAGGGAGACUGGACUUCAUCGACAUAGGGUAUGGUUUCUUUGUGGCACGUUUUAGCAACACAGUUGAUUACAUGCACGUCUUAUUAGACGGACCAUGGAAAAUCUUCGACAACUACCUAGUCAUCCAAAGGUGGCAGCCAGAAUUCGAUCCCCUCACGGCAAAACUUACCAAAAUGGCGGUUUGGGUUCGGAUUCCAAGACUCCCGGUGGAAUAUUUCCGGGAAGAUGUCAUCAAAAGCGUCCUAGAAAACGUUCGAGAUAAACACCGAGCUGUCGAGUAUGAAGGACUACACGUAGUUUGUUUCAAUUGCGGCACGGUUGGCCACAGAGAGCAGGUUUGCCCUCACACAGUUACUACAGCAGCCGAACCUAACGAAGGUGGUCUCAACAAUACUCCAACUGGCGAAAAGGAGGGUGAGGCGGAACAUACCUCGGGUGUUUCAGGCCCUGCCAAUUCCCCACCGGUUCGGAAAUACGGUUCCUGGAUGCUGGUUACUAGGAAAGAUGCUUUGCCAGAUCGUAGAAAUAACAACAAACAGACCAAUCAGAAUACACAGUCCAAAAGUCCAAGGAGGAAUUCCUUUGAUGUUCUGCAGCAUGCAGAUGGUGAGAUGAAUGACGAUGCAGUCCCGACCCCGGGAAGGAACAAUCUUGAUCAGACCAGACGAGGCAAAGCUACUGCAAAUCGACCAACGACGGUCCCAACCAACGCCAAACCGUCCAAUAGCACAAGCUUGCCACCAGAGAGUGUUCCUAGUCUCCCGAACAUGAAUGACAGUUCCCAGCCCAGACCGACGCAGCCGACAGGGAGUAGAGGUAGCCGUCAUUCCCACGGGCGUGGCGCCAAUCGUAGAGGUGGUCGUGGUAGUCGGGGUCCUCCUUUAAACUUCAACGUUGCCGAUGUUUGGAUGGAAAAGACCGGUAACUCAGGUAUUUUUCAUUUUGGUAAUGGUCAGGUUAAUCAGAUUUCUCCUGACCAGACUUCAGUUGCCCCUCACGGCACAGAUACUGUUAUGGAUUCCACGCCAGGGGAUGGCGGUUGCCAAACCUCCCCACCCGUCGCGGUUUCCUCAUGA